UAUAGAUCUAUCUACUAGAUUUUAGAAUUUUAGAGCUAGUCUAUUCUACUCACUAGAAAUUCUAGAUCUAUCUAGAUCUUUGUCUAGAUCUAAAUGGUCUACUAGAGUAGUGUUGGGUAAUCAUGAAUGUGAGCGUCAGUCUAGAUUUCUAACUGUCUGCAUCUUAGUCGUCUUAGACUUAGAGAUGAAUCAUGAAUAGAUAUCUAGUUCUGAAUACACACACAAAACUUACAAAAAAAACAUUAAAUUUACUUGUUUGAAGGCCUUCUGUAAACACUGCUAAGACACAACACAUCAAUCAUAAUCAUUGAUCAAGAACUUGACAACAAGGCUCCAAAUAAUCUGGUCUAAGUGUUUUAUAGAAAAAAAAUGUGGUCUACCAACUUUAAAAAGAUGGACAUAAAUUUAAGACUCGGCAAGGCUCUCGGGCUCCUAAGUGUCCUAAUGGUUCAUAUUGACUUCAGUACAUCUCAAGAGGUAAAAUGGACCAGCAACAACUUUAAACACUGCAAUCAAGAAAAAUUCAUAAUGAAAGCUACAUUCAGCAGAACUAAUGAUAGCUCUUUCAUAGUAAAAAGUGCUGAGUUUGCUGUUUAUUUAUCAAAUCAAAAGAUUGAUGGAUGCCUUGUUUUGGACCUUGACACAAAAUGUGAGCCAUCUGACUCCAAGUGUUACUGUGAAACUAAAAGUAAAGAUGAGUUGGUCAUUGUAUUUGCUGUGCCUGCUAAUAAAUCAUAUAUUGGUGCAAAAGCAAGAAUCACAUAUCCAUGUGCUAACUUAGUACUCUCCAAAAAGUCUGAGGAUUUAAAUAUUUCAACUGAAAGUGAACCUGUUUUGAAAAUCAGUAACCAAGAAAUAGAUCUCUCACAUCAAACAUGGCAUGAGAAAGUCCCAGUGGAUAUUGAGUUUUGUUGUGACAAAAACCCGUCAACACCUUGCACUGCUUACAUGAUGAAGAAUGAAAAGAAAGAAGAUAAUCAUAGCAGAUGCGUUUCAUUUACAGAAACAUCUACCAAAUACUUGCAGUAUAAAAUGUAUUCAACUCAUUGUGAGAAGAAUUCAAAGAGAGCAGAUUUGAUUUUUUUUUCUCAGUUAGAUGAUGAAGACAGUAAAAGAGCAGAAUCAGAAGGAGCUAAUGAAGGUGUUGAAGUUUGGGUGGUUUUUGUUAUUUGUACUGUUGAGAUUGUUGGAGCUAUUGUAAUUAAUAUUAUUAUAGCAUCAAAAUAUUGUCCAGAUAAACUUAAAAAGUUCUCUGUAUACUACCAUGAUAUUGAAGAUCUUAAAAACAAAGUGAACUCUUUGAUAGCGGAUAUGGACACACUGAACACUUUGAAAGUUGAUGUUGCCAAAAUAAAAAGGAAACCAGAAGAAGAGGAGAAGAGAAUAUAUUUAGAAAGCUUAAGAGAUGAUGAACCUUUGAUAACAAGACGUGGGACAUUGAUGCUGCAAAACCAAAAUGAACCUAUGGUAACAAGAUGUGGACAUUGAUGCUGCAAAACCAAAAUGAACCUAUGAAUAAAAAAGUUUCAUAAGUUGUAAAAUUGUAACUAAUUUUAAAUUUGUCUUAACUCAAAGAUGCAUUGAUAUUUUAACGGUCUCAAUUUGGUGAUUGUUAAUGAAUUACUUUUAUACCAAUUUUGAGACCAAGUUAUGUUUUAGAGAUAAUUAUUGAGCUGAAUGCUAUUGUGGUUCGUAAAUAACUGUUUACUAUCUUUGAACAGGCCCACAGACAUCUUUUACACAACUGUUACCAUAAAGUGCAUACGGAUGCAAAACAUAGUUAUAAUAGUCAAACAAAAAGAAUGAAAUACUUAUCCUAUUUUAAAAAUCCAAUCUAUUCAUCUUAAGGACCAAGAUAAAUGAGUCUAAUUAUAACACUGCUUAGAAGUUACAGUUCUAUUAUGUGAUAUUCCAAAAACAGUUAUUCUCAUUCACAUUAGUAAUUCAGCACUUACAAAAGCCAUUUUUAUUCAAUUUAUUGAACUUUAGAUGGAAAUUUUUGUGUCACUACUUGUUGGAUUUAGAAACUAGAAUUUAGACUGGUAUUUUUUCUAACAUCUUCAAAACAAUUCUUUAUAUUGAUUAUCACUUCUAUCUCUUGCCUGUUACACAUACUAUCCCCUGCUUAAUAAAGCAUCUUAAUAUUUUGGAAAAUGAUGUGGUGUUGAAGAAAUGAGAAAUUACAAAAUGUUCAAGAGUGUUCAUACAUUUUUGUUAUUUGAAGUAUUUUUCAAUAUGAGUAUAUGGAUGGAAAAAAGAUUAGUUUUAUUUGUAGCAGGUCUACUUUUUUAUUUAUAUACAUAUAUAUACAUAGAGGGAGUGGGUAUAGAUAUAGGCAUUGUUAGUUUUAACUGGGCAUUUAAUUUGUGCAUUUUAUUGACAGAUUGAGCAAAGGAAUUCAUCAUUACCAAAGCAUGCUCUCUGCCAAUCCCUUUCUUAAGCACUGUUUGGGUUAAGUAACUUUAAAUACUGGGGUAAAAAUCCUUCCCAGGGUCAAAGUUUCAUUAAAGGGAUAUUUAUCUCAAACCUUUUUGGACACUUAGACAAGUAGCUUUGAAAAAAAUUCAGCACUUUAUUUUAUUUUAAUAAUUAUAGCCAUUGGCAUUGUAUUUGAAAAACCGAUUCUAUUUUUAGGCUUUAAACAUAUUAAGAUAUUUAAUUUAUUUUUAAAAAUUUAAAGAGUAAAAUAAAACCCAUUCUCCCCUUUGACACAUUAAAUACUUGGGCACCUGAAAAUAACCUAGUUUCUGUCACUAGAUAUAAAAAUUUAGGCUAGUUAUAAUAAGAAUAGAAAAUCUAUAAUGUAACAAAUUAUUUUUUUUUAAACCAAUGAUUAUAAUGUUGUUCUCAAGAUAGUAAACACAAUUGUUAACAGAAAUGUCAAAGCAUUUUUUAAUAUACUGUACUUUCUCCCCAUGUAAGACAUUACUUGCUAUAUAAAACAUUUAGGCUUGUAUAAUCAUGCUGCUCUGUUUGUAUGUUCCUUAGUAUAUUUACUAGCCCUAAUAAAAAAAAAAAGGAACAUGCUAGUAAUUUCUGCCAUGAACUUAGGGUAAAUUUUAAGACUGGUACAGUGAUGAUAAAUGGCCACACUAUCGUUGUGAGAUUCUCUUAUAACUAUUCUUUUUACCAGUCCUCAGAAGAGAUCCUGGUCACUUAAUUCUCUGGUCAUUUAAUCACCAGUCACUUAAUAGUUUUGUCAGUUAAUUCCCAGUAAUGUAACAAAUUAUAUUUUAUAGGGUAUUGUGGUAACACGUGACUUUAGGUUUAAAUACUCAUUUACAAUUAAUUAAUAAACCAAAAUAUUUUUAUAUAUACACACAAUUGUUCAUAAAGUUUGGCCCCCUCCUCUUUUGACUAAAAAAUUUAGUGCUUAGAGAUUUCCCACUGAUAAACAGAAUUAUAGGCCUAGAAAAUAUAAGGUUAGGGGUAUGAACAACAUAAAGGAUUAGUGGUGGUGGAUGUAGUUUUAUAGAGAUUUUAUAAUUGAUAUAAAUAAAUGGUGAUUAAUCUAGGCUCCUUAUUGUGAGACUUGCUGUGCUUUUAGGUUGUUUUUUUCAUCUAGGCCCAAUCUAUGGGAAGUCAGCAUUUUCUUGUGCACAGCUCUUCAAAGCUUAUUCUUUUUUUUUUUUCAUCAAAAAGCUGAACAUUAACAUUAUCUAAAUCAUCUUUAUUUUCUAGGGUUUUGAAGGAAGAAUGCUGAGCAUGAAUGUUUAAUAAAUGUAUUGUAUCUAGAUUUAUAUUGUAACAUUUGAAUUAAAAAAUAAAAAGUUGUAUGUGAAAUGCAUAAUGAAAUUAUUCUGUAAAAUUAGACUUUAUUUGGCUCACUUUUGACCAGGCUACAUAUUUUUGAUUUUGCCAGGGUCAACAUUUGUUAUCCACAAAUAAAUUAUGUUGUACUUGUUUGAGUAAUGUAUACAUUUCUGUUAAAUUAUAUGUUGCAGUAUUUCAUUUAUGCAGCAUUCAUUUUCGAUGUGUCAUUAAUUGAAACAGAGUAAGGUCAUCAUGUUUGUCUUUUAUUCCAACCCUGCCCAUUUCCACCCAGCAAUAUGUAUGGUCUUAAGUAUAACUGUUAGCCACAGAAACAGAUGACCCUUUACUUCUGCCCCCUAGAUCAGAAUGUCUGAAAGGAUAACUUUUUUUUUUUUUUUAAGCAUAACACUCUUCAUAUCUGAAGAAGCAUCCGUAACAUAUUUUCAAAAUGAAAUGUCAAUAUUUAAUUACAUUACAACUGUUUUUGUUUUAAUUCUACAUUAUUAAAAAAUUAUUUGUAACUUUGUAAAUACAUCAAUUAAAGGCUAAAUCUCAUAUUUUUAUGUUCACACUUGGAUGUGUUAAGGUUUUGUUUUUUAUGCACAAAAUAUUAUUAGCUGAUAAACAGGUAAAUCUUUAAUAUAGCAUUUGCUUUGUGUUCAGUUUGAAUAAACCUUUUUUUUUUCCGUACAUAGUACAAUUUGAUUAAAUUUGUAAACAUUUUUAAUAUAUUAGGGGAUUACAAUUGGAAUGAUUCCAGAUAUAAAAAACAAAUACAAACUUUUUGUUUACAAUAUUGUGUGAUAAAUUCACAUUUUUUACUUAUAAUAACAGCACAGUGACUUGUCAGACUUUAACUUAUGAAAUAUAACUUGAGAUACCUUGGCUCUCAAAAAAUGACAUACAUUUCCUAAUAAUCUUACAUGUCUCCAGUUAAUCAUUCAAACAUAAUUGAAGUAACUGUUUUAUAGUUGUACAAAAAUUACAUCUUGAUACAUGAUACUUCUCUGACUAUUAUGUAAAAAGGAGAGAUUGAAUGUGUACUAAGUUAUACUAACACAUCUUACAUUAGUUCGAUAAAAUGUAGUGUUGACUAUGCAUUAUUUGCUGUUUAUCUGCAAAAAAAACAACAACAAAUGUUUUCAAUGUAAUAAAAUUAAAUUAAGUUAAAUGUUGUACUGUUCAUAACAUAAAAAAUUUUAUAUAUUGCUAUAUAUAAAUGUAAAACUAUACAUUGAUAACCUAAGAAUCCAUUGUCCAUUAUCUUUUAUUAUCUUGCAAAAUAUUUAAUUUUUGUUUUCUUUUAUGACAUAAGUUAAAACGGAACAGGAAAAAAUAUUCAUUCAAGAAAUAAUUUAACACCAACUGAAAGUAGCAUUUAAAACUAUUUGUUAGUGAAAAUUCAGAUAAUAACUGUGCUAAGAUGUGUAUAAAACUCACAACACAAAACUAUGACCUAAUCCCAUAUCACACCUGGAGUGUGGUUACAGAGUGGUUAAGGGGCUGGCUUCUGAACCAAGGGAUUUUGAAUUUCUGGUAUUUGAAGAUGCCCUGAGUUUACCAAACUCUAAUGGUUAUCUGAUAUUAAUUGGGGACAAGUAACGCAGAUUAGUCGUUGUGCUGGCCACAAGACUAUGCGGCGAAAAAACCCAGAUGACCUUUAUAUUUGCAAAGUCUGAAAAGGGUACUUUAACUUUUCUUUUUUGUAUCAUAGUGCACCAUCAAAAAAAGUAAACAUAAUUUUCUUUUAAAAAUAGUUUCCUAUACUUUUUUAUUUUUAAUAACUUAAAUUUGCCUCUCGACAAUUUUGCUUGAAGUAUUUACACAAUGAUAAUAAUUUUAUAUGGUCAAUAUUGCAAAUUUUUUUUUGCGAUAUAUUGGAAAUGAAUAAAUCAUUAUCAUAAUAUAAAUAUAUGCUCAAUAUUGCAAAAUUUAUUUUUGCUAUAUACUUAAUAUAAAUAAAUUAUUAAUCAUAAUGUACACUAAUACAUACCUGUUAUCUCCUGUUGGCUACCAAAAAUCACACUAUACGCCUUUUAAAUCAGAGUUGCGAACAACGAUGAAAAGGUCUUGUAAAGUUUUACAAAAUAAUAGAUGCUUAUUUGUUGAUGGGUUCUUGUAUGAAAGUAUUGUUUUCUACAAUUUAAAUUAUCUUGUUUAUUUGUUUACUUUAAAGGGUUUGACAUACAUUGUCUUCCCCUUUUCGAUACCAAACAAAUUAAUAAAUUACUAAUAUUUAAAUUAACUAUCUGGUUGAUGUCUUUUAUUGACUGACAAUUGUUUUGCCAGGUAUAAAAAAAAAUGAGCGAAAUUUUAACUUCAUCCUAGAUUGGGCGUGAAAGAUAUAACGUUUACAAACUUUUUACUAGACAGACAGAGUGAUUUGAUAUAAGCUUUGUAUAAAUAAAUAAGUUAUGAUUAAAUAAAUAAAUAUAUGUAUAAAUCUCCGUUAGAGUAAAAUAGUUUAGUUUAGUCUUUUUUUUUUAAUAUGCAAACAGAACUUUGCAUAACAUAGUAUACUUAGCAUAAAAAAUGCUAGAUAAAUUUAUUUUGUUACUAGACCAGAGGAAAUCUCCCCUUGUUCAAAGAUGGCUGUCUGUUCGUGUGGUAUGCGCGCUGGACUGUCGUUCGGUCAUCUAGAUGGUCCUGGGUUUAUACCCUGUCCGCCGCCAUUCCCCGGAAUUCUCUGGGAGGUUAGGACUAGGAAUUCUGAAGGAAGAUCCAAAACAUGUAAAACAUUUUAAAAACUUUUUCUACGAGGUCAAAGUGGGACAAUCUAUAGAAAGAUUGUUUUUGUAGCAAUCCGCAUAUGCUUGACACAGCAUUAGACUACCGCUUCUCAUAGGUCUGUAUUUUUUGGGUCAAUGAAGACCCUCGUAUUGCUAAGGACGCCGCAUCAGAAAUGUUUUUGCUGUGUGAACGACCUCGUUCCGAUAAUAGCUAAUGCCCAGACAUUCUUAUCAUUUCCAAUUUUGGUGUAAAUGAAAAGACCCUGGCCGCGCCUCCCCGUGGUGAAAACUGCCAAACUUGAACCAGCUUAUAUAGUACAGUGAAGAAGGGGCCACAGACGCCUUGAUUCAUAUGUCGCACGGUUCGGACCAGACUUCAACUCACGGUGCCUCCGCUGCCGAAGGAAGAGAAAGCAGUGUCUCAUAUUCUUUACGACUUCCCCAGACUUGUUUAACUUUGUCUUGACAUGUCUCGGGAACUACAAGUUUUUAACCUGUUCGGCGUCAUGCAUGCACUACACAGCAGGGCUUUCUGUCCAGGGCUUUUGCAAGAGAGAAUCUGAGCCUCUCGGGCUCUCACUUAAAUAGAGUCUGAUGUUGAUAAUGAUAAUGCACGGGACCUGCAGACAUGUCUUAGCCACUGUAUUGAAAAUAAUUGUUCUCAUUUUGCAACAUUGCAAUUGUGCAUGUGGUUAUGUCUUCUGCUAGUCUUUAGAGAUCUGUGUAAAUAUUGUCGCAGACUAAUAGGCCUACUUGUCUUGUGUUUAGUAUUUUGUUAACGUAUUGUUUACUAACACUCUUUGUGUUUUUUAAAUGUCCCAUUGGCUUACAAUGAUAGUACUUCUGUUUUAUUAUAUUACACUAAGCAAAAAAAAUAUUAAUUUAACAAAAUAGGCUUUUAUAACCAUUUUAUAUUUAUAUAUUUAUAGUUACCGACAAUGUUAGGGCUGUACACAAUUUCUCCUGCUGUCAAAUUGUCACUGGUAUACAUACGGCAAAUAAAUGUAGCUGUAGAUAAACAUUAUUUGAUCCAUAAUUAUAAAUUAGGCCUAGUUUGUUUUAUUGGAUAUGAUUACCUUUUGUUGUUCUAAUACAGUAUACGAUUUUUAAGUCUAUAAUAAAAAUACACAUUGAAAUAGUUUGUUAUAAAAUAAAUUAUGUAUCUAACACUUUUCAA